AUGCCUGCCAAAAUGAUGAGCGCAAGAGGUGGCGGCGCAGCUGGUGGCGACGUCAGCGUAGCUGACAGCCCACUGGCUUCCUUCGAGACAUUAACUCAAGCCGCCAUCAUCGCCGUCAUGGGCAUUGCUAUAGUCGUCUCUAAUAUUCUUAUUAUAGCUUCUUUCCUUAACUUCAAAGGUCUUUCCAAUGAAGUGAUUAACUAUUACUUGCUAUCGCUGGCUGUGGCGGAUCUCUUGAUCGGCGUGUUCGUGGUGCCGCUGUCGGUGUACCCCGCCAUCACGGGGCGCUGGAUGUUCGGCGACCUGAUGUGCCGGCUGGCGGGCUACGUGGAGGUCACGCUCUGGUCCGUGUCUGUCUACACCUUCAUGUGGAUCUCCGUUGACCGUUAUCUCGCAGUACGGAAGCCUCUCCGCUAUGAGACGGUUAGUGCGACGGUACAAACGCGCACUAGAAGCCAAUGUUGGAUGGUGUUCACAUGGAUUUCAGCCGCAAUGCUUUGCUGUCCUCCUCUUCUUGGCUACAAAAAGGAAGCAAACUUCGACAAGGAAACGUUUAUCUGUAUGUUAGACUGGGGCACUACAUACGCGUACACAGCAACCCUCGGUAUCCUCGUGCUGGGACCAAGCGUUAUAUCGAUCGUGUACAACUAUUAUUAUAUUUUUUCAAUGAAACGUAAACUUAACAGCGGCGUACCUAUCCACGACAAAGAGUACGCGACUGCUCUUGCUGAGAACCUGUCAAACCCGAGCCACUGGAUGAGUUUCAUCAUGGUCUGCACAUUCUGGCUGAGUUGGACUCCCUACGUUGUCGUCAAGCUUUACGAAUAUUGCACUGAUCAGGAAAUAAAGAUACCGAUGUUACAUUUCGGUGUAGUUUGGAUGGGCAUUUUAAAUUCGUUUUGGAAGAUUGUUAUACUACUUAUGUUCAGCCCACAAUUUCGCCUGGCGCUUCGAAUAUUAUGCCUGACAGCAUGCUGCCGCUCCAAGGGGCGCCUGGCUGCGGAGCUCAUGGGCCUGGACAAUGAUGACUGA